UUCUCGCCGCUUGUAAAGCCCCCUCUUUUUUUCUCUCUCGCUCAUGUAUCGACCGCCGCCGCGAUACGUCCGCCCCCAAGGCGGCGGCGGAGCUGGUGGCGGUGGUGGAGGGUUCCCACCUCCGAACUAUGCGUCACAGAACGCUAACUUUUCUUUCCCCUUCACUGGCAAUCUCCCCUACCCGGUGAACCCUGCCGGUGUUCCCCAAUUCCCCAUCCAGAACCCUCGCUUUCCCCAACACCGCAAUCCCUACCUCCAAAACCCUACCUUCUCGCAGUCCAACCCCUCCCCGAGCCCCCAGGCGAUUCUCGAGAGGGCGGAAGCCGCCGUGGUGAAAGCUCACAGGGAGCUCGUCACGUCUGGAGAGAGUGUCUCGGCAUGGAAGGUCUCGCAGUCCGCUCUCAUCUCUCUAAAGGCCGAUUCUUGGAGCUCGCUAGGGUUUCAGCUUCAGGACGUACCGUCUUUCCACCGCCUAAUCGUUACAGAAGGAAAGGUUAAUGCGUUUAUACACUGCUUUGUUGGUGCACGGAGAAUUACAUCAUUGUAUGAUAUGGAGGUUGCAAUUUGCAAUAGUGAGGGUGUUGAACGAUUUGAAGAGCUUGGGCUGGGGCCUCUGUCUCGCCACCCACUUGCAGAGCAUUAUUUCUCAAUUCCUUCAGAUGUAAUGGAGGUGUUUAAAAUUACAAGCGAGGAAAUUAUUAGUUCACUGCAAAAAUUCAUGGAUAAAUGCAAGAAGACAAUUACAGCAGGGGAGUUUUUGAAAUUUCUUGCUGAGCAGAAGUCUGUCUCAAUCAAAGAGAAGCUUGGAGUGCGGGUUCAAAGCUUGGGGUUGCAUAUAUCCUACAUCCGUGAAGCCAAGAAAGCAGAAAAGGCCAUCCUUAACAAAUCGCUGGAGUUAAUCAAACAUAAUGCAGAUAAAAGUAGAGAAAGAGAUUUAUCACAACCUCCUGGCACACUUUGUGAGAAACAGGUGCUUGAUAAGAGGUUUGAUCUUAUAUCCAAGCGUAUCAAAUCAUUUUCCUCUACAUGGGAUGAUUUCGCCAAUAAGCAUAUUCGAUUUGAUUCCUUUGAUGAGGACAACAAUGACAGUGAUGAUGAUGGUCAAGAUGAUUUGAGUAGAUGCCAACAUCAAAAUUCUAUGCACACUAAGGACAACAGCAAGCGUGUCAGUACCUGUCCAUAUCCAUCCACUACUGAAGAGAUGGCACGGCUUGGGCUGAAAUCUGAAGCAGGUGACAAAGCCUUGCCUAGUAAUGGCAAAUUAAUGGAGAAUGGAGGUAAAAUGUCUUCUGGCAAGAAAAGGAAAUUUGACAAAAAAACUGGUGAUGGUAGUUCUUCGUGCAAACUAUUUAAAAAAGAACAAUUUGAUAACUUUGAAGAUCAGAAAAAAUCACAUGAUCUUACUCUCACUAGUGGUAACAUGGAGAAGUUCAUUACAACAUGGAAAGAGGCUUGUCGGGAACAUUCCGUUGAGGAGGUCCUUGAUAUGAUGGUGAACUUCUAUGCAGCAACAGUUAAACAGAAGAAAAAGAUAAGGAAUAUUUUCUUAUCAUACCCUGGCAUUGGCUUAUUAAAUGUUGCUGUGACAUCUAUUAAGUGUGGAAUGCUUGAUAGCUUUUAUGAUACCUUCCAAGCUUUUGCUGAAUGUGGAUUUGCUGGCCCAGAUUCUGCCCCUCCUGUUGAGAUGAUAGAAAUUGGGCCUUUAAUUAAAGAAAAUACUGUAUCUAGUAAUAAGGGGGUCGCUGGUGAACUUGGUUAUGGUGUCACUGUAGAUGAUAUCAUUAAGAAGGUUGUUGAUUAUUUCAAGUUUGAUGAACUCAUGCCUAGAGUAGAAGAUUUGCCUUCAGAAAGAAAGCUUUCAUCCUUGAAGAAGUUUCAUGAUUGUGAGAUCUGGUUGACAAAUCAAUUUUCUGUCAAGGGUUUCAGUUCACUUGGUUAUGGUGAUUUCUUCGAGUUUUUAGAGAAAUAUGCUUCUGCCCUUCCAAAUGAAUUACAUAAUUUCUUAAGUGGGGGAUUCGUUGAUCCACCUUGCUUGGAGGUCUCUAUGCUUCCGCAACAGCUAGGAGUUCUGCUAUGUCAAACUGAGAGUAACUGGAUUGUCGAUGGUGUUAUAACCAAGCAUGAUGUUUCUCUGCUUCUUAAGAAACAAUUUCCGACAAUCAGCUUCCGAAUUGUUGGAAGUGAACCUGAGAAAUGCUUUGUUGAUCUUAUUAAGAGGCAGAAGGAUAGUGAUAAUUCAAAUUGUAUUCUUUUCUCCGCCACAUUGUUGGGAAAACGAUGGACUGGAAACUUACUGGAACGCAGUGAGAAAUCUUCAUUAGAAUAUGCUGGGUUAAUAAAUGAUGCAGGUCCAAAUUCUUUUUCUUUUGGAACUGUUUCAUCCAAAAAAGAUGCCAUUGAGUGCUUACUUAAGGCUCCAAUGUUAUCAGAUCUACUGUCUUGGUCACAAUGGGAUCUUGUAUAUUCACCCUCGCUUGGCCCCCUUGUAGACUGGCUGUUAAGUGAAGUCCACAAUAACGAAUUAUUGUGUAUAGUAACAGUGGAUGGAAAAAUAAUCAGAGUUGAUCCUUCAGCCACUGUUGAUGAAUAUUUAGAGGCUUUGAUUCAAUGUUCUCCAUUACAAGCAGCAGUUAAAUUGUUAUCCUUGUUGUCUUUGUAUGGAGGUACAGGCAAGGCUCCUGUAUCCCUUCUAAAGUGCUAUACGCAGCGAGCAAUUGAUGUCAUAAUAAGAAAUUCUAAUGAUGUGACAGAAGAAAACACGACUUCUGGGAGUUUGAUGCCUAAGAGUUCACUGCAUGGCCUAGCCCUGUUUGAUAAGGACUCCAAUGGUGAUCUUCUUUCAGGCGAUCCUCAAGGAACUUCUGAAACCAUUUAUCAAGGGACUACACUGUGCAAAAGCUUAUCUAGAACUAAUAAAGCAAUUACUGUCGUAGCAAGCUUUAUGCUUGAAUGUCUUGGCCAUUUGCCUCCAGAAUUCCGGAGUUUUGCAGCCGAUGUAUUGGUUUCAGGACUUCAAUGCUUUACUAAAAAUGCUCCUUUGGUCAUUUUGAAUGGAUGUAAUAAAACUGAUCAACGUCUCAUGCUUCAUGACAUUGGAUUGUCACUUGGAAUAAUAGAAUGGAUUGAAGAUUACCAUGCAUUGCAUUCUGCAGCAGCUAGUGGCUCUAGGAUUGUCCAUGAAACUUCUUGUACUCUGUCUUCUGUUCCAGGCAUGGAGUGGAAAGAAGCACCAGAUAUAUCAGGGAAACCCACCACUGACACUCAUAACAUGUUAGUCAGUGCUGUGACUGAUGCUGCUCUGUCCAAUGAGAGUAAUAAAACCCAUUGUCAAGUUAAAGGAAAGAAAAAUGCUACUGUAGCAGGUGGACACCAUAAAGAAUUUGGUAAUACCUGCAAAAGGGAAGUUCUGGCUGAGGUAACUAGUGAGAAUUCGGGUGCCUCAGAAAAUAAAGAAGUUCAAAAUGCGAACCUUAUUAUCGAAUCCAUUCGAUGUGAAGAAUUUGGUCUGGACCCAAAUCUCAGUUACACUGAAAGUUGCUUGCUAAAGAAGCAGCAUGCUCGCCUUGGAAGAGCACUUCAUUGUCUUUCACAAGAACUAUAUUCACAGGAUUCACAUCUUCUUCUUGAGCUUGUGCAAAAUGCAGAUGACAACAUUUACCCAGAGCAUGUGGAUCCAACAAUAGUUUUCAUUCUGCAAGAUACUGGUAUUGUUAUUUUAAACAAUGAACAGGGGUUUUCUGCUCAGAACAUCAGAGCACUUUGCGAUAUUGGAAAAUCAACAAAGAAAGGAUCAAGUGCAGGAUAUAUUGGGCAUAAGGGCAUUGGAUUUAAAUCAGUAUUUCGGGUUACUGAUGCCCCAGAGAUCCAUUCAAAUGGUUUUCAUGUGAAAUUUGAUAUCACUGAAGGUCAAAUUGGUUUUGUUCUGCCAACUGUGAUUUCUCCUUGUGAUAUUGAUGUGUUUAGAAGGCUUUUAUCUGGUGAGGAAUAUCAAACUGAUAGUAACUCGUGGAACACUUGUAUUCUGCUUCCCUUCAGGACUAAAAUUCGAGAAGGGACAGGCAUAAACUCCCUCAUAUCCAUGUUUUCAGAUCUUCAUCCAUCUUUGUUACUAUUCCUGCACCGGCUUCGGUGUAUAAAGUUUAAGAAUAUGCUUAAUGAUGAGUUUCUUGUUUUGAGGAGAGAGACUCUAGGUGAUGGCAUUGUAAGGGUUUCUCAUGGUAAAGAGACAAUGAGUUGGUUAGUAAUAAGUAAAAAGCUGGAAGCUAAGUUUAUUCGUCAUGAUGUACAAACUACAGAAAUUUCCAUGGCCUUCACAUUGCAGGAGUCUGAAAAUGGAGAAUACAAGCCUCAUCUAAGUCAACAGCCAGUUUUUGCUUUUCUUCCUCUAAGGAACUAUGGUGUGAAAUUUAUUCUUCAAGGAGAUUUUGUUUUACCCUCUUCAAGAGAAGAAGUAGAUGGAGAUAGUGCCUGGAACCAGUGGUUGUUGUCAGAGUUUCCUGCUUUAUUUUUUAGUGCAGAACAAUCGUUUUGUUCCCUUUCUUGCUUUCAGGAAAAUCCAGGGAAAGCUGUGACAGCCUAUAUGAGUUUUAUUCCACUUGUUGGGGAAGUUCAUGGGUUCUUCUCUCAUCUUCCUCACAUGAUCAUAUCUAAAUUGCGUAUGUCAAACUGCUUGCUUUUGGAUGGUCCUGAGCUGAAAUGGGUUCUUCCAUGCAGAGUAUUAAGAGGUUGGAACGAGCAGGCUCGCAUGCUAUUAUCCGAUGACUUACUUCAUAAGCAUCUUGGCCUUGGUUAUAUGAACAAGGAUAUUGUACUGUCUGAUGCAUUAUCAAAGGCCCUUGGUGUCCUGGACUAUGGACCCAAAAUUUUAACUGAGAUCAUAUCAUCUAUAUGUCGCACCGGUGAUGAAAUUAAAUCAUUGGGCCUAGAAUGGCUAUCUUCUUGGCUUGUGGCACUUUAUUCAACAUUGUUAGCCCAAUCUUCUGGGUAUUCUUCCCUGAAUGCUGGAUUGGAAAGUGAUGUAAUCAAUCAUCUGAGAAAUAUUCCAUUCAUUCCACUUUCAGAUGGAUCAUACAGCUCAGUGUCUGAUGGUCCAAUAUGGUUACCCUGUGAUGUAAUAAGUGUUGGAUUUGAAGGCAAACAUAGCCCAAAAGAUUUUCCCAACCUAUAUGCCAAACUUCGAACAGUCAAUCCUCUCCUUUUCUCCGCCGCAUGUAGAAGCAUGCACAACACAGAAGAGAUGAGAGUAGACAACCUUAUACAGAUGCUACAUAAAUUAGGCGUGCAACAAUUAUCUGCACAUGAGGUUAUAAAAGGUCAUGUUUUAGUUGCCUUAUCUGAUGAUAAACAGGCUAGGAAAGAUAGAAACUUGAUGAUUGAAUACUUGUCAUUUGUUAUGCUUCAUCUUCAACAUUCUUGUGCCAGUUGUCAGUCUGAGAAGACAAGCAUAAUCUUAGAAUUAAGAAAAAAACCUGUAUGUUUGACAAACCAUGGUUUCAAGUGCCCGGAUGAAGAACCGAUUCACUUUGGUAAGGAAUAUGGAAAUCCUGUUGAUAUACACAAAUUAAUUGGCACAGUAGACAUUAAAUGGAUUGAACUUGAUGCUGCUUAUUUAAAGCAUUCUAGUACGCAAUCACGAUUGUUUGUAAUGAAGAAGUGGAGGGAAUUUUUCCAGGAAUUAGGUAUCACUGAUUUUGUUCAAGUUACUUGCGUUCGAAAACAUGUGCCGGAUUAUCUCUGUACUACUUCUGGGGGUAUGAUUUGUGAUGAAGACUUCAUUGUAGCAGCACCAUUUAUCCAUGAUUGGGAGUCAUCUGAGCUCGGUAAUAUGUUAUCUACUUUUUCCUCAAAGAAAUGUAGGGAAAAGUGUAUCUAUCUUCUGGAAGUACUUGAUAAAUUGUGGGAUGAUUGUUAUAGUGCAAAAGCUAGAAGUUACGUCGGUUCUAAAUCUACUGAAGACAAGAGGCCUAUUAAGUCUUCAUUCAUAAAAAGUAUUCAAAAGAUCAAAUGGGUAGCAUCAAGUAUGGACCAGGAACUUCACUUCUCGAAAGAUCUAUUUUAUGAUUGUGAAGAGGUGCGGUCUAUUUUGGGAAGCAUGGCACCAUAUGCUGUUCCGCAGGUAACUAGCAAAUUGCUUUUGGAAGAGAUUGGAUUCAAGACUCAAGUGUCAUUUAGUGACGCCAUAACACUUCUUCACACAUGGAGAAUGUCUAAGGCAUCUUUUACAGCAAGCACUGUUCAAAUGUCAACAUUUUACACCUUCAUCUCAGAUGGUGUUGCCACUUCAAAAUUGAAGAUGAAUGAGGAGUUUCUAUCAAGUUCUCUCAUAUUCAUUCCGUAUAUCAGUGCUUCUAUGCACGAUGAUGUUGUUUCUGGUACUUUUUUUCCACCCAAAGAUGUGUAUUGGCAUGAUCCGACUGGAUGUGUUGAUAAGACAAAGGAAGCAUUUCUUCAACACAUUUCAAUGGAGAUGACUAAUUGCCUUCCAUGUAAAGCAUUGUCAACUAUCUAUCCAAGUCUUCGUGAUUUUUUUGUGAAUGUUUGUGGUGUGUGUGAAAUUCCUCCAUUCUGUAGCUACUUUCAGAUACUACUGCAGUUAUCAGCUGUUGCAUUGCCUUCACAGGCGGCUUAUUCUGUUUUCCGAGUUUUCCUGAGGUGGGCUGAUGAACUCAAAUCUGGAGUAGUGAAGGAUGACAAAAUUUAUGACUUGAAAGAGAAUCUCUGUAAAUUAGAAAACACUGUGCUUCCAACCUUGCAGGAUAAAUGGGUUUCCCUGCACCCUUCAUUUGGUCUCAUAUGUUGGUCUGAUGAUGAAGAAUUGAAGCAGCACUUUAAGAACUCAGAUGGUGUUGACUUCUUACAGUUUGGUGAACUUAGUAAUGAAGAAAAGGAUAUGCUUUCUGGAAGGGUUGCCAUAUUGAUGAAAUCUAUAGGUAUUCCUGCUCUUUCAGAGGUUGUGUCGCGUGAAGCAAUAUGUUAUGGUGCAGAGGACAACAGACAAAAAGCUUCUUUAAUAAAUUGGGUUCUUCCUUAUGCACAACGCUAUAUCUAUAAGUUGCAUCCGGACAUAUAUCGCAACCUGAAGCAGGUUGAAUCGGAAAAGUUGUGUCUGUUGCAAGUUGCAGUAGUUGAGAAGUUAUUUUACAAGUACACUCUAAAAGGACGUGAUAGUACUUCUAAGAAACGGUUUGAGUGCAACUGUCUUUUGCAGGGAAAUGUUUUAUAUGCAACUCAGACCUCAGAUUCACACACUAUAUUCUUGGAGCUGUCACGAUUUUUCUUUAGUGGAUCUACUGAGCUACACUUGGCAAAUUUUCUCCAUAUGGUCACAACUAUGGCAGACUCCGGCUCCACCAUUGGGCAAAUUGAAUUUUUUAUUUUAAACAGUCAAAGGAUUCCCAAACUACCUGAUGAAGAGCUCGUUUGGUCACUUUCAUCUUUGAAGGAACUGCAUCAGGAUGAAACUUCCCAGCCAAUUUGUGUUCCCCUAAUGAAUGUUGAACAGAGCUUCCCAACAUCCAAAAGGAAACCAGGAAUUAUUUCUAAUUGGCCACCUACAGAUUGGAAAAGCGCCCCAGAUUUUAGUUAUUGUAGAAGACAACUCCAGACAAGGCCAGGUCUAACACCAUAUGACAGCUCACAGAUAGAAUCCAGUAAACCUCCUGAAGAUGUCAUGCAGAAAGAGGAUAUUGCAGUUCCCGUUGACAUUGAUGGGGAUUGGAUCAUAGAAGAGGGCUUGGCAUCAACAAGUACAAUGGUGUUGCAAGGUUCAGUGCAGAUGACCGAUCAGCCUCAUUCAGUUGAAUCUUUUGACUCUGUUGACAAGAAAAUCAGUUUCAGUUCAGAACCCAAAAGUAAAGUAUGUGAUUCGGCAAUCGUCCCUGUUGCAGAUACAGGUUUGAGCAAUUUGUCCACUUCACCAGAUAGGGACAUACUCUUUUUGCAGGCUCCUGAUGAGAACCAGUCACGCAAAACUGGCAGGCUUGGGGAGCUGAUAGCUUGUAAAUAUUUCAUUGAGAAACUAGGUUCUGGGAGUGUUAAAUGGGUCAACGAAGAAAAUGAGACCGGCUUACCCUAUGAUCUGAUUACUGGGGAGAAUCAAGAAAGCAGGGAAUAUGUUGAGGUUAAAGCUACGAAGUCUGCGAGUAAAGACUGGUUCCCAAUAUCAAUGAGGGAGUGGCAAUUUGCAGUAGACAAGGGCGAUUCAUUCAGCAUUGCUCAUGUGGUUCUUUUAGGUCCCAAAAAGGCAAGUAUAACACUAUUGAGGAAUCCAUUUAAACUUUGCCAACAGAAUGCCUUGCGCCUGGCUAUUCUAAUGUCAAAGAAACUAAGAGACUCGUCAGUUGCUACGUAGAAUGGGAUUGUUAUUUUCCUUUGUCCCAAGUGUUUCUUCUUGUGUGGAAGGCUGAUCAGACUGGUUCAAAUCAUCAGUUUCAUGUAUGUUGGCUAAUCCAACAUCUGCGUUUCUUAUUGAAGAUUCAGCAGUUGGACUUGUGGUCUUCUGCAUGGCUUAUUUAAUUCCUUUGGCAACCAUUAGUAUGAAGAGUAAUUUUGACAGUUCUUGGAUAAUUUGUUAUAGAAGCGCAGAUAGCUGACCGCAGAAUUCCUUGAUAAUGCUAUUUUUUAUUGUUGUACAGGCAUACACCCAUCCAAAUGCUGAUUGAAUGGCUGGAACUGACCAUUUUUUUUAGAGAUUUUCAUUAAUACAUUCAUUACGCAAUGGCAAAUUAUUUUCCUUGUUUUUUUUUUUCUGUUCCACAUGUUGUGCUCAAAUGCCAGUAUGUACAAUUUGAAUUCUCAAUCUUUAUUGUAAGGAUAAUUCCUCUUUUCUUUAUGCAUGGACAACUUGUU